UCGCCCGGCCCCGGCCGUCGCCAAGGAGCCGCCGGCGCGGGGGGCCCGGCCCCGGUGAGCGAGCCCCGGCCUCGGCACCUCCUCAGGGAAGCGGCCCCCGGCUCGGUGCGGGCUCGGUGCGGGCUCUGCCCCGAGGUGUCCGCGCCCCGUCCCCGGGUUUGGCAGCGGGGUGAACGCGUGAGGCGUCCGUGGGAGCGCGGAGCCUGCCGCCAGCUGGCCUCGCCGCACAGGGAGCCGAGGGUUUGUACCAAACCGGCCGGGAUUUCACCUGAAUCGGCCGCUUCUACGGCUGCCCGGUGUUGGUAGUCACCUCUCGGUAAGGCCCUUCUCAGGGGCCGCCUAACGCCCUGUGGGGAUGGGGCGAGCGGCCCUGCCGUGCCUGCUGCUGGAGGUGUUGCAGCGCCCUUGGUCCGUGGGGAGGGCACCGCGGUGUCGGAGCAGCCUCAGGUCACGUCCCAGCAGCAAGCACCUGAGAUGAUGUAGUGAUGCUCAGUGCUGCUGGCCGUAGUUGAAGCCGUGCUCUUCAGCAGUGGGAUGGGGAAACUGCAGAGUAAAAUCAGCUUCCACAGCACCAAAUACAGGGCUGAUGGCUCCAUGGAAAAGACAGGACCUGGCAGAGGUGUUCAGCAGCACAACCCUGUGCACACCGAUGCAGUCACUUCUGUGGCUGCUCUCAAAGCAGACCUGUGUGUGUCAGGAGGAAAGGAUAAGAGCGUGGUUGUUUGUAACUGGAGAUCUGGAGCUGUGCUGAGGCGGUUCGUUGGCCACGAGCAUGAAGUCACCAAGGUCACCUGUGCCCUCGACUCAAAUAGAAUCUUCAGUGCAUCCCGGGACAAGACAGUAAUGAUGUGGGAGCUUCACAGGACUUCAGGGCCAAGCCAGCACUUCCCAGGACAUGACCUGGUUGUUACUGGACUGGCUGCGAGCCCAGACGCCACUCAGCUGUGCACAGGCUCGCGAGACAACACUGUUUGCAAGUGGGACAUAGAGACCGGAGGGUGUCUGGGCAGAGCUGCUGUCUCCAGGAACCUGGUAACACAUCUGUGCUGGGUUCCUGGGGAGCCCUACAUCAUCCAGACAUCAGAGGAUAAAACUGUCAAGAUGUGGGACAGCCGGGAGCUGCGGGUGGCACACACGUUUCCAGGCAAGCAGCACAUCCAGACGUGCUGCGACGUGAGCCAGGACGGGCGGUACGUCCUCAGCAGCAGCAGCGGCUUCGCUGGGGAGGGCUGCGAAGCAACCCUGUGGGACCUGCGGCAGACGAGGAGCCGAGUGCGUGAGUACAAAGGGCAUUUCCAGACCACAGCCUCAUGUGUCUUCUUUCCACGGGGCCCUGCUCUCACCCCCAGCAUUGCCACAUCCUCGUACGACAGCAAAGUGAAGGUCUGGGACCAAGACACUGCAGCCUGCCUGGCCACUGCGUGCCUCGAGGGAGCGGGACCGCUGGCCUCGCUGGCCGUCUGCGACAGCUCCACGCUGCUCUGCGCCACUUUUAACUCAGGGAUCCACUCACUGCGGAUGAGAAACGGUGCCGACCUGGAGGAGCUGGCAGUAUUUUGACCACAAGAACCUUUCCAGCAGACUGCCCCACAGGGAGCCAGUUCCCCCUCAGCUUCCCCUGACUGCGGGCACAAGACAACGCCGCACCUGCCGAGCGGUGACGCAGCUGGGGGGGGGUGGCACGGGGCGGGGGGCAUACUGCUUACAGCUUGUAGGUGGUGGGAAGCAAUUAGCGCUGUCUAGAAGAAAAGCCAAAUCAUAGAUGCAUUCAGGCCAAGUUCUCACUCCUGCAAGAGCGCUGGGUGUUUGAUUUGCAAAACCUCCACGCAGACAUGAAGUGGGCUAGCAGAAGAGGACCAAGGAGCUAUGAGAAAGCGUGUACCAUCCCUGCAGCGUUUCUCAGGUCUCAUCAGAGCGCUGCUGCCCUACAGCAGGAAAGCUGUUUUUAAUGGGAGGAAAAAGAACAACCACCUUGGCCUUUAUCAGUCAGCGUGAGAAAUCAGGGAUCUCUGUCUCCUUCCCUGGAUGAGAUUUAAAUCAGCAUCGCUGUUCUGUUUCCCUGAGCCAGCUCGUGGCAGCGCCUCCAGAGGCUGAAUAAUCUACGUAUUUACAUUGCUGUGAUGCAGCAGGCUCUCAGGACACACCUGGCUCCCGUUUGUGGAGCAGAUGGCUCACAUGUGGCCAGUUUGGUUCCUGGCUAAGCCAACGGGCAGCACCGCAGGCUGCCAGGGCAUCAAGCAGGGAAUGCGUCGUCCUUCUCAUUGCGCCAGCUCGUUGUCCUGUGUAGUGGAGCCAAACACCAUGUGACAGAAAUCUUGUACUGGCAUUUAUACCCCAGGGACAACGUGUGUGUAAAUGCAAAUCGUUCACUGGUGUCCAAAAUUUCAUCCUAAGCCAGCCAGAAACAUGCUGCUGCCUCAAGGGGGAGCAGGCUGGCUAAGUGCUGGGCAAAGGCUGUCCCAUGAAUGACAACCUGAUGAGGUACGCCCUUGGGGAGCUUGUCCUUAGGGACAGGGAGAUCCCUGGCUCUGCAGCUGGGAGAUUGUGCUUCUGGGCUCAGACAGUCCCUUUAGCAGACCCUUCAAGAGGUGCUUGAGCACACAGAGCUGCGUAUCUAGGCUUAUACAAGAGGAGAUUUCAAUUAAAUAUUAUUCUGUGCUAU